AUGUUUACAUUGUCUGCUUUAAAGUGGUCACGUAUUGUAGCAACACGAUUUGAUCUUAGGAUGUCCUAUGUAAUCAUAAUUCUUCUUUUUAUCAUCGGUGAUUUCUUUUUAUAUGCAUCACAUGCACCUCGUGAUCCAUCUCUACCAAAUAUUCUUACACUAUUCAAACUACAUGUUUUAAAUUUAAAUUCACUUGUUAUCUCAAACGAUCUUGGAAUCACAUCGAUUCCUGUUGGUUUCCCAUUUGGUAUGACAAGUUUACAAAAUUUUGAUAUUUAUGCACCAAAUUUAGUACAAAUAGAUUAUAAUUCAUUUAAAUCGAAUAGUCCACUCAUUUCACUUAGAACCGGUGGAUCUCCAUUAAACUCUGUGGUACCUUUGGCCUCUUCAAUUACAUUUCGUCGGCUCACGACCAUUUCCCAUGGUUUUACCCUUUCAGCUCCACUAACUUUGGCUUUUCAUCAAGAUUAUUUCCCAGCUCUUCUUUCCAUUGAAAUUGGGUCGACUGGAAAUAACAAGAUUACAACACCUCUAGCAGCAGUAAUUAAUAGUAGCUCAAUUACCCAAGUUACCUGGUAUGUAAUGAAAGGAGGAAGAGAAGGAGGAGGAGGAGGAGGAAGAGGUUCUGUAGUACUAUAG